AUGCCUUUUCACUUACCAGUUCUGUUGAAUCCGCUACUCAAUGCCGUGUUCAAUUGUCCCACGCCUCACACGUCAUCACUGAGGAAAGUUUUCUCGCAAAUAGGAGAACGCAGAUUUCUACUCGUAGCACCAGCUACCGACGUCUUAACCGAAUAUGAGGACCUCGAAUCGGGACAGCUUCUGAACGAGCUCUGCUACACGCCUGAGUUUGUAUCAGAUCACAUCAUAGUGCUAGAUUUGCGGGAGGGCCUACCAACGGACGAGUUCAAGACACUCAGUGGGAAGUCAGUAUUAGUGCGCAAUCAGCAGGGAACUUUACUCACAGGAGCUGGAUUUGACACUCGCAGGCGAUGUCGAAUUCUGGAAGCAGAGCUCAUGACCAACUUUAACGAUUAUCUAACAGCAUCAUCCACAUACCCGGUAAUACACGUUGACUUUCCUUUUACGGGAAGGCUUUCGAGAAGAGAUGAAUGGCAAGUCUUUAAAAAUCCCAACCCAAAAUCUGUCCAAGGACAGAAUUUGGAUGAGGAUUUGGACAAAUUUAGUUCGCCUCCAAAAGAAACACUAUCCUUGGAACAAAUGCUGCGAAUCAACCCGGUUCAUGCAAAUAAGCUAGGUGAAAUUUUCGAGGCUCAGCGGCACUUACUCGCCAGCUCACAAUACAACGCCGGUUCUUUGGCUUCUCAUUUCUCAGAAACAUGCAAGAAAGCUUUUGAAGUCAUCAACAAAGACCCAAACUUCCAACAUAUGCCAAACAUCGAAUUGCAUGUUCAUGAAUAUGUGGAAUUGAGCCUUUACGACGAUUUUUGGGCCCAGCUUACCAAUUCAAUGAGACCUACAGAGAUUGAGAGCCUCGGUGACUACAGCUUAUUGAAACAUAUCGCCAUUUCUCAAGUCCCUUCAUUUCUCUAUCCUGUGAACAAUGCUAAGUUCAACCUUCAAUACGUUACACAAGUUGAAAAGAACCUGGCGGAUGCCGUUGUAUGCUUCAAAAAACUCGUUUUGACAAAUUGCCAUUCCGCCAAAUCGAAGAUAAUUGUCGAGUGCUUACAAACUCUUUCAAAAAGCAUUACUGUUGACAAAAGAGUGAUCCCUAUCGACGCCGAUACAUUGGUGAGUCUCCUCGUUGUGACUGUAUGUCGUGCAGGGGUUAAAGAUCUAAAAAGUCAUCUAUUUUACCUGCAGGAGUUCGCAAAAAGCGCAUCACAAAUAACAUUCGGCAUUCUGGCAUACGGCAUAUCCACUUUGGAGGCGGUUCUCGGCUACUUUGAAAUUCCUGCAAAAAUACAAUCCGUACAGGCCAACUGUAGCCAUAACGUGAAGCUUUGGUCGUGGCUUUCAAAUGACAAUGGCAAAGUGGCUACAGAUGGUAUACUGGAUGUCAGGAGCAUGCUUCGCGUCAGAACCUCCACAGGACAAUCAGCAUUGAGCUUUUGCAUACAGGAAAAAAGUGUUAACAAAUUCAAAGAGUUAGCAAUCGAAUACGAGAUGUUAUUUCCCCUCGAAGACUUACUUAAUGACGAGGAUGUUGAAGGCUCGAAUUUACUAAUACAAAUGCUCGACGCUGGCUGCUACGAGCUCGCGGAUGAUUUUGUCGAUAUGCUGUGUCUGAGCUGCACUAAAACGGAGUUGAGACUUUAUUUCAAUAAACCGAAUCGCUACGGUAGAACAUCCGCUCAUUAUCUCAUGCAUGCUCCCCAUCUUAUAACGAAAAUGGGAGCCUUACUCAACUGGGAGAAAAAGGACAGUAAUGGUCAAACACCAUUAUUUGCGGUCAUUAGAGCCUAUGAUCAACCAGGCUACGAUUCUAUGAUCACUGAAGCAUACAGUGAAGCCACAAAAUGGUGCGAGUCACAAGGAAAACAGUUUAGGUCUUCGAUGCAUACGGACACAAAAGGCAAUUCUCUUCUGCAUGUCGCGAAGUCGAAUGCCUCUAUUCUUCUCAACGACCCUCUUGUUGAUGUCAACGCAACAAACAUUAAAGGCUUGACGCCUCUUAUGGUUUACGCCAAGUACAACCGAAUCCUAAAUGUUCAAUCGAUCGUCAAGGAUACGCGACUCAUUCUCGAAAAAUAUCAGCGGCGUACAUACCUUGAUUGUUUCGACUAUUUCAAAAACCCAGCAGUAUUGAAAGAAAUGGGGAAGCGACCUACGAGAACAGCAGAGUUGCUCCUCAGGACCAUUCAUGCUCGAAGCAUAAAAUCUGAAAAUAGCGAAUGGGUUUUAUGGAUGACCAGUCGUAGGAAGUCGUCUGUAAGUGUGGUUAUGCGACCGUUAAGAUUCAUACAGAACUUCAUUCUCCUAUUCUGGAAGGCAUACCCUGGCACUUUUCUGCCGAUAGAAGAAACGGUAGAAGAGCUACGUGAGCUUUGUGCCAUGACUAUCUUGGUUCUCCAUAGACUUGAAGUUCACAAGUUUUUGCAAAAGGCCUCAAUUGUUCUCAGUUUCAUCUUACAAGAUAGGCCGUUUGCAGAUGCAUUUUACAAUUCUAACUUGAACAUCGAUCCGCAGAUAUUAGAAGAAGGAACCAAGCAACAAACUAACGAUCAAUAUGGAUUGAUUGAGCCAGAGGAGAUGAGGAGCAUCCAACGGGUUCUGAAGUUCAAUCGAUCAGAGAUAAUGAGGUUGAGGACAAAACUCCAUGUAAUUAAGAAGCUUUCAGCUUCUGGAAACUCGAAGCAGGAUGAUCUCUCUAAGUCUUACCAGAUGUUGGCGAAAAGAGGGAACUUCUUUCUUGAAUCACUCGAUUUUAAUAAGGAAAUGUUUCCGGAUUUGACGCCAUUGAGAACAAGACCUGGUUGUGGCACAAUCGCUAACAGUGCCAAUUUCUUACAAACUUGUACAGAUAUGCUCAUUUCGAAUAUUGACAAGAUUUCUAACGUGAACAUUCCAAAUUGGUGGCGAACAUAUGGUGAAUUGGUCUCUUCUAAUCAUGAAUACCAGAAGAAUUUUCCUGGUACUGCCAGACCUAAUGCUGCUGCAAGCACAGGACUAUUCUCGUCCUACAUUGAAACAAAAAGAUCAAAACUCGAGAUAAACAUCUCGAACAAAAUCAAGCAAAGUCGCAAAACCCUUCUGACGGCUGGUAGGAUAAUCAAAGAAGAAAAUGAACGGCUUGCAGUUGAGUUCAGCAAAUUCAUCACUUUCAAGAAUGAGUUUUGGACUAAUUUAACAUUAGCUGAAUACGCAGAACUGAACAUCAAAUUACUACGGGAGCAGCUAGUGUGUUUGGAACAAUCGCUCCACAACUAUACUGAUCAGUUCAUUGAUGAACCUGUGCAUACUUUACAUACGAGACACUAG